AACGCUGCGUUCGGGUUUUAUUCAAUUUUUACGUGAAUUACGGGAAAAAAUAAUACAAUUUAUAAAAUAUGGCUUACGAUGCUGCUCACGAUGACGGGCCCGGUUUCGUUGGAAUUCGGUUUUGUCAGGAAUGCAAUAACAUGUUAUACCCGAAGGAGGACAAGGAAAAUAAAAUUUUGCUUUAUGCGUGCCGCAAUUGCGAUUACAAGCAGGAAGCAGAUUCAAACUGUAUCUACGUUAACAAAAUUAUGCACGAAAUCGAUGAAUUGACUCACAUUGUUCCGGAUGUGAUAUCGGAUCCAACCCUUCCACGUACCGAGGAACACGCUUGCCCAAAAUGUUCACACCGGGAGGCAGUAUUUUUCCAGGCACAAACUCGUCGAGCUGAAGAAGAAAUGAGACUGUACUAUGUAUGUACCAAUCCGAAUUGCUGCCACCGCUGGACAGAGUAAGUGGCGAUAAAGCGAGCGGAGAAACAUGAUAAUAUCCAGUUCCGGAAGAUUUUUACGGAAAAGUAAUCUAAGAAUAUUAAAUAUACGUAGAA